AUGGACGACAAGAUAGUGUCAGCGGAAGGCUCAGCAAUCUCAUCGUAUGAGCCUGCUCCCGGAGCCUCGACGCCACUUACCUUGGGCCAGAAAGUAAGUCAAUUCAAGACGUACCUCACUUCGAAAGAAGCAUGGUUCGGAGACUACGACUAUUGGUACCUUGUCACCCCGAACAUUCCGCCUUUCAAUCGGAAGUACAAGGACAAGGCAAUCCCCUUCUACGGCCUCCAUGACCGAGUCCCCAUCUUCCUCACGAUCGUCUUGGGCCUUCAACACGCUCUCACCAUGAUCGGAUCGGUCGUUUCACCACCCUUGGCCAUUGCGUCUGGAGCUUUCAAUCUUCCUUCGGCACAAGUGUCUUACCUGGUCUCGGCAGCCUUCAUCACCACCGGGCUGGCGACAGCUCUGCAGGUCACUCGGGUGCACCUGAAAGGCACGCCUUUCUUCAUCGGCACAGGGCUUUUGUCAGUCGUCGGGCCCACCUUCGAUAUCCUCCCCAUCGCCUUUUCCUACACCAGCAUGAGGUACAACAACGGCACCUGCCCAGUCGCUGAUGACGGCACACAGCUUCCUUGCCCCGAUGCUUGGGGUGCGAUCCUCGGUACCAUGCUGGUCACUGUUCUGGUGCAGGUUCUCAUGUCCCUGGUGCCACCGAGACUGCUGAACAAGAUUUUCCCCAAGAUCGUCACCGGCUCCUUGCUGCUUCUGGUCGGCGUCUACCUCGUCGGGAAUGGCAUGCAGAACUGGGGUGGAUCGGUGAACUGCAACGGUGGCACCGGCUUCUAUGCUUUGUGUCCCAACAUCGCUGCUCCGAAGCCAUUGGCCUGGGCGCAUCCCAAACUGAUCGGCCUAGGCUUCAGCGUCUUCGUCAGCAUUGUGAUUGUUGAGCAAUUUGGCUCGCCACUCAUGAAAUCGGCAGCAGUCUUGAUUGGUCUUGCGGUCGGCUGCACGAUAUCUGGGGCCACGGGAUACUGGUCGCGUGAAAACAUUGAUUCGGCUCCGGUCGUGACGUUCCUGUGGGUUCACACGUUCAAAUUGUCGGUGGAUGGAGCCUUGGUGCUCCCACUGCUAAUUAUGUUCGUGUGUGAAGGAGUGUCUUGCAUGCCUGACAUACUCGCGACCGCCGAAAUCUCGGGAGUUGAGGUCGAGGGCACGCAGUUCAACAGUCGUAUCCAAGGAGGAAUCCUUUGCGACGGUCUGGGCAGUUUGAUAAGUGCACUUGGGACAGGCCUCCCUAUGGUCUCUCAAGCUGGCAACAACGGCACGAUUGUGCUCACUGGCUGCGCGUCCCGGCGUGCAGGCUGGGCGGCCUCGGCUUUCCUUGUUCUGAUGGGCUUCUUCGCCAAGUUUGGAGCCGUCUUCAGUGCCAUGCCUCCAUCGGUGCUCGGAGGAAUGCAGGUUUUCCUUUAUAGUACGAUCGCCGUGGCCGGUAUCCGGGUCCUCAGUCUGAUCUGCUUUACUCGACGCAACCGCUUCAUCUUGACGGUAUCGCUGGGCAUCGGGUUCAUCGACAUUGUGGCUCCGACGUGGUUUGACCAGAUCUUGGACUACAAUGGUAGCAAUGUACACUUGCAGGGGUUCGAACAAGGAAUCAACCUUGUCGUCAAGACUCCGUUCAUCAUUGCUGCGGUCAUAGGGGUCUUUUUGAACCUCGUUCUGCCGAACGAUAGAAGCAUGAUGGAUGAUAUGAUGGAGGCUCAUCAGAAUUCAAAAGGCCAAGUCAUCAGUCUGCCGACGAGGGAAGGAUAG